UCGACUAUUGUACCAAUUAUAUCUACUCAAGGUCAAUACGGAGAGGGGGACAAGAUUUUAAUCUCCCUUAAAUUUUGUUAUCGGAUAAAACAAACAAAUUUUACAUUUCUUCUAAGUACCUGGCUAUCACUUCAAUGUUAACUAAAAUAAUUAUGAGUAUAAUAUCACAUAUAUAAUGGUUCAAGUUAUAAAAUUGCAAUAAACUAAUAAAUAAAUUUAGGUACCUAUUCCAAAAGAUAUAUUUUAUGUCCUCCACCUAUUUACUAGGUAUAUUUUAUGAUAUGAUAAAACAACAAUUUUCGCACUGCAGGACCGGCGCCCAAUUAUUAUACAAUACCCGCGACUAUAGGCUUCGUCAAGCACACUCUGACUAAACGUCGUCUUCCGUCUACGACGAUUGGACGGAAACGCGUCAAUAGCCCUGGCCACGGUCAUGGACUGUUGUACAACCUAAGGGAUCAGACCCGUUUUGGAAGACUCUACCAGCCGGACUUCGGGUUAGGCAGAAGGAGGCCGUUGCCACAAGAACACUUGCCGGCACCGAACACUUACUAUCCAAAAAUGGACUCGGUACGACCCAAAGCACCGAAAGCGUCUUUCAAAAGUCGCACGCUGCAAUUUGGCCGUAUCGACGACGGUUAUCCUAGUCCGAACACGUACACGCUGCCAUUGUCAGACGUAUAUCGGCGGUCAAAAAAAACAGCACUCGUCUGUACGAUAGCACCGCGUUUUAAAGUUGUAUCCGAGGCAGUACCGGCACCGAAUACCUAUUCUUUACCCGCAACCGGCACCUAUAAGUAUGGACAGACUGUGCAAUCGACCAUUCAACUUAGGCGCCCAGAGCAGAUUGAGAGUCGCGCGCCGCCACCCAAUAGAUACUACUUAGCCAAAACUAAAAGUCCGGCCAAGACGUUUGGACAAAGAGACUGUCACAAGCGAUCCGUUUACCUGACCGUCGAAGAUUUGUGGUGUUGAAUUAUUGGAACAAUCAAUAUUUUAUGAAUUUUAUGUCACUUAAAUAAUUUCAAAAUUGUCUGUCAAUGCACUUCAAUAUUUAAAAUAUAACAGAGUAAAAUUUA